UGGGGCGCUCGCGGGCACUCUGCGCUUUUUGACGGUGGAGUGAUGCGCAGGUGUCCGCGCGCGCUGCCCUCUCUGCUGCUGCAGCUGCUGCUGCUGUGUCUGUGCGCGUGCGCGGCGGACUGGGAGCUCGCGCUUCUUCACACUAACGAUGUUCACGCGCGCGUGGAGGAGACCAACAAGGACUCGGGGAAGUGCACGAAGCCCCCCUGCUUCGCCGGGGUCGCGCGCAGGUUCACCAAGAUCCGCGAGCUGCGGAGCCGCGAGACCAACUCGCUGCUGCUGGACGCAGGAGACCAGUUCCAGGGAACGGUGUGGUUCAAUCUGUAUAAAGGAGCCGAGGCGGCGCACUUCAUGAACAAGCUCGGAUACGACGCCAUGGCCCUGGGAAACCAUGAGUUCGACAAUGGAGUUGACGGUCUGACUAAGCCCUUCCUGCAGGACGUGAACUGCACUGUGCUCAGCGCUAACAUCCAGCCUGAUAGUACUCUUGCGCCAACGAUUAGCGGCAGUUACCUAGCCUACAAAAUCUUCUAUUUCGGCUCUGAGAAAGUGGGCAUUGUGGGAUACACAUCCAAGGAGACGCCCGCUCUUUCUCUUCCAGGACCACACCUGAUUUUUGAAGACGAGGUGACGGCCUUGCAGCGGGAGGUGAACAAGCUGACCACUCUGGGUGUAAACAAGAUCAUCGCUCUUGGCCAUUCUGGAUUUGCAGUGGACCAGGAGAUUGCUAAGAAAGUGCGAGGAGUGGACGUGGUCAUCGGUGGACAUACCAACACAUUCUUAUACACAGGGAGCCCUCCAUCCACAGAGGUGCCUGCUGGGUCCUACCCCUUUAUGGUGAAAUCAGAUGAUGGGCGUCAGGUCCCGGUGGUACAGGCCUAUGCUUUUGGGAAAUACCUCGGCUACCUCAAAGUGACCUUUGAUUCUGCUGGAAAUGUGAAAAAAGCUGAAGGAAAUCCAAUUCUUCUGGACAGUUCUAUAGAAGAAGAUGCAACUAUCAAGGCGGAUGUGGAGUCGUGGAAAGUGAAUCUGGCUAAUUACUCCUCUCAGUAUGUGGGGAGAACUCUCGUCUACCUCAAUGGAAGCUUUGAAGAGUGCAGAUUCCGUGAAUGCAAUCUGGGGAAUUUAAUCUGCGAUGCCAUGGUUCAUCACUACAUCAAAUAUCCAGAUGAAGUCCAGUGGAACCAUGUGGGUUCCUGCAUUUUGAAUGGAGGAGGGAUUCGAUCUCCGAUUGAUGAGCGGAACAGAAAUGGUACCAUCACCAUGGAGGAUGUGAUCGCUGUGCUGCCAUUUGGUGGGACGUUUGACCUGGUCCAACUAAAUGGAUCCACGCUGCUUCAGGCCUUUGAGCACAGCGUGCGCAGACAUGGUGGAAGCACUGGAGAAUUCCUGCAAGUCUCAGGGUUUCAGAUUGAGUAUGACCUGACCAAACCCGCUGGUGAGCGUGUGAAGAAUGCCAGUAUUUUGUGUACUGAGUGUAGAGUGCCUCGCUAUGAGCCUUUGGAUCCUAAGAAGGUCUAUAAAGUUGUAAUGCCGUCGUAUUUGGUGGAUGGUGGUGACGGAUACUCUAUGAUCAAAGAAAAGAAGCUUAAACAUGACAGUGGUGACCUGGAUAUAGCUGUGGUGGCUGGAUACAUAACAGAGAGGAAGAGAGUUCACCCAGCGGUGGAGGGCCGCAUCCGCUUUUACAGCUCUUUUAACUCUGCCAUCAGGCUCCAGAGUCCCGUCAUGGCCCUGAUGCUGUGCGCACUGCUCUGGGUCUUGUCUGUGAGCUAGUGAGAUUAGUUUAAUUAGUUUAAAGUUCUGAUACCAGACUGUUAAUAAUGUAAUGAGCAUAGAUAGCCAGCAGUAACUGCUGUUAGGCUCCUCAUAGUGCUGAGCAAUUUAGACAGAAUCACUAGGUUUGAUUUAGACUUUUGUACAGAUCUUUUUAUCUGUUUGGCAUAAAUACAGGUUACAUAUGGGAAACAAUGAUUUUAGUUCAGUAACGUUGCAGUUCUGUGUAAAAGGUUAAACUUUUACACAGAAGAAGGUAGAAGAAAUGAAUAUGGGCACAUUGUAGACAUAAUUGUAAUGCAGUGAUUACUUUAUGACACCACAUGUAAUCACUUACUGUAACCACUGCACCUUAACUGUGACACCACCUAUAAUCAGACAGUGUCAUAAUUACACAUGAUGAUUGGGCAAGAUUUGAUUUCCAAAUAUGAAAGCAAUAGUACAGACAGCAUAGCUCACACAGCUUUAGAAACUUUCUUAUUCAUGUUAAAAUUAUACAUGUUUGAUAUUUUAAAUGUAAUGGGAUUUAUUUAUUUUUGUUUAUACUGGAAAAAGAGUCUUAGAGUACUUAGAAAUCUAGGGAUGUCCUUAUAUAGUGUAUAGAUAUCCCCCAUAUAGUGUGAAUACUGUAAUGUCAACACUGAUCCAGGCUUUGUGUUUUCACAGAUAAUACAACAUAGAUAAGACAUUAGAUAAGAUGUUGUGGCUCGCCCCCUGGGGAUAAGGGCAUGGCCACUGGCCUGGCAGACAGGAUGUGGCAGAGAGAGGCACAAACACAUGGAUUCAGUGAACUCGCACGUACUGUAGCUUUAUUUAACCAGGUUCCACUCCACCACAUUGAAAACAAACUUAUUGGAGCAUGAUAGCUCUUUCCCGUCUUAAAAGUUAAACAGUCCUGCUCAGCGACCUUAAAAUGUGCCCAACUCAGCUGAUCAGUCUAUUUCGCUCAGAUGGGCUUCAUUGAUUGAGACCAUGACAUGAAGGCAGGGCUGAAGUUCCCUCAACUCACCCUGUGACGAUAUGAAGAAAAUAGUUCAUCAUUUGGGAGCGUGGGAAUGUGAUAUUCUUGGCCUUUUUUUUUUUUUUUUUUUUACAAGUUUUGUUUAAUAACCAUUUUAUGGUAUGUUUAUUGAUGAUGUUGAUUAGCCUAAUUGUUUGUUAGGCUGCCAGUAAUUUUCGAAUGGUGCAUUAAAAUCACUUAAUUUUUUAUUUGUUCCCUAGUGGUACACACUCCAGACUGAGAUAUUAUUUUUGGUUAUUUGUUUAUAUAAAUUAACAUUUAUAUUGUCAUGUUUAUAUUGUCAUAUAAAUAUAAUGACAUGUUUAUAAGAAUGGGGAAUACAUCAGUCUCUUAAUAUGUGCAGUUGCUAGCUUCUAUGCUAAACUUUACUUUUUAAACCAGAUUAACCAGAAUAAGCCUUUUUCCUGUUGUGACCUGCAAGUGAAAGAAGUGUUUGGUUGAGCACUGCACAGAGUAAGGCACAGAGUAGGGCCCACUCUUUUGUAGGCCCAGUUUUUCUGAUGAAACUGCAUUGAAAUGUCACUGUAGCAUGAACCCACCAGUGACAUUUCAAUGUAGUCCAAAUCUCUGCAUAAUAUAUGUCUGGGAACCUGGCCAGUGCUUAGAAAUGUCAAAGCAAAUAUUCUAAAUUUAAAUUUUCAUUUGCAUCACUGUUGCAGGUUGUGGAUAAUAACCUUUUAGAAUCAUCUCUAAGACAGUAAAGAACAAAACAGAUACACAAUUCAUUAAAAUAUGGCUAUUGGAUCAGGACAUCCCUUUACAAGACUGAUUACAACUGUAACUAACUUGUAAAUAUUAGCUUUCCAAUCAUACGUAUGCCCAUCUGGCAGCUAUUCUCUUUCUGCUCUUGUUUUGUCUUUAUAUAGGGAUGUAAAUAUCUGUAUUUAGCAGUAAUCUGUAUAGAACUACGAUGUUCAGUUUUUGAUUAAACGAAUAUCAGUGGGCAUUUCUCUUUCCACUAAAUCAAA